AUGAAUCAACUUUUUUCGAAAUCUUCCCUCAGUAUCUCUCCAAAAUCAAAUGCGGGAGAUACUGUUGGUAGUAAAAGUGGCCGUCAAAUGUCACCGCUAUCGUGCUCCCCAUCGUCAAUCUCAAUUUCUACAAAUGCCUCCGACUCAAUAUUAGAUCACCCUUCGAUACUUCAUCGCCAGCCCACCUUCUCCUACGUGCCAAUACACAAGCGACGUCGUUCGGGUAGUUACUCUCCCUCUUCGAUGUUUCUUCGUUCGAUUAGCUCGUUAUCGAUAUCAUCGACUUCCCCGCAAUUUACCGACAGCAACAGUGACGGUUCUUGGACCCCUGCUUCUUCAGAUAACGAACUAACGAUGCCAACAACUCCAACCUCGUCGGUGUUUACUCCCCUCGAUGACGAUUCAACGGAGUACACGAGUUUUCCAAAUCUUGAAAAGUUCUCGGAUGAAAGUUGGACGGAAAUUAGGAUUGAAAAGUGUGAUCCGAACGAGAUACAGAUGGAAAGUUAUGACGAAAUGCUUGUGGGUGGAGUGCGAUUUCAAUACUCGUGA